AUGGCCGCGAAUACGAGUAGCGAGACGCAGCAGAACCAGAUAAUAGUGGCCGAAGACGAUAACGAUCUUUAUGACGAAAUCGAUUCAGCAUCCAUCGAGAGCAGCACCGCGUCACUGACCUCCAGUGUGUUGAAUUAUCAAUAUGAAAAUGGAAGACGCUAUCACGCCUAUCGGGAGGGAGAAUAUCUCAUUCCAAAUGAUGAGAGGGAACAAGAUCGACUUGAUCUGCAUCAUCACAUCUUCGGUAUGAUUAUUUCGGGAGAGCUAUAUCGUGCGCCCAUUCCAUCAGGCGUCUCUCGUAUCCUAGAUCUCGGGACGGGUACAGGAAGCUGGGCGAUCGACGUGGCUGACAAACUUCCACACGCCGUUGUGACGGGGACCGAUUUGAGCCCGAUCCAACCAUCGUGGCUUCCGCCGAACUGUAAAUUCGAAAUUGACGAUUUCGAAUCGACUUGGAAUACCAGCCAACCUUUCGAUUUCAUCCAUGCACGUAAUAUUGAAGGCAGUGUCAAGGAUUACCCGCGGUUAUUUGGCCAGGUUAUGGCCAAUUUAAUCCCCGGAGGAUGGUUUGAAGUUGCUGAUUCAACAGUGGGAGUGUUUGGCGAUGACGAGACAAUUGAAAAGGCCACCAAUAUUCUUGAGUGGAGGGAUCGACUGCUCGAGGCCAGUAAGAAGUUUGGAAAGCCAAUGGGCAUGUCAAAGAACUAUAAACAAUGGUGUAUCGAUGCUGGGUUCAAGAACGUCACUGAAGAAAUAUAUAAGGUCCCAUUCUCCCCAUGGGCAAAAGACCGGAAACUCAAAGAGCUCGGACGAUACCAGCAAGCAAUGAUGUUUGAGGCUUUAGAAGCCUACUCGCUCGCGUUGUUCACCAGAGUACUUGGAUGGAGCGUUCCGCGUAUUCAGCUUCUCUUAGUUGGUGUGAGGAGAGAGCUCAUGGACCGCAGUCUCCAUAUAUACUCCCAAUACUAUAUUAUAUACGGGCAGAAACCCGAGGUGCCCGAGACGUCUUAA